GAGGGAGCCACAAGCAAAUGUGGUAGAAACAAAAAUAGUCGCGCUGCAGAGCGUCUCAACACCCCUUGCUCCUGCACACUCGUCACUUCUUCGCGACUUUGCUUAUCUCCAAUGGCGCGCGACAACGGCACAGGUCCCGCCGCGUCGAUAGCGCAGUCUUCGGCCCCAGCAAGGGCCCGAGCUUCGUGCUCGCGAUGCCAUAAGAGGAAGAAGAGGUGCGACAGAAUGUUGCCGUCAUGCAAAAAUUGCGGCUCGGCGCGGGUGAGAUGUAGCUUCGAGGACGAUGAUCUCCAAACAGCCUCGUACCCCAUAGUGUAUGUCCAGGGGCUAGAAGAGAGGUUGCGCCGUCUGGGUAGGUCUAUGGCUGCCCAGGAGCGGGAUACGCCGCAAGCCGCAGAGGCCACUCCGGUCUUGAAUAACAAUCACCUCUAUGAAGACUUUGAGAUGCCCGAAAUAGCAAUGGUGGGCCAGGAGUGCAUCCCUGAAGGUGUUUACGGAAGCCAAGUAGGAAACACAUCCACCCUUGCCGACAGCGCCGAAGAUCUGGUAGAAAGCCCCCUUGUGAACUCACGGCCCGCACCAGACCAAACCCCAACCUUUGGGCAGCAACUCACAGUGCUCUCGCUGGAGGCUACCGCUGAACGGCAUUUGGGAUCGACUACGGGACUCUCAUUUGCAAACCUGACACAGAUGAUUCUACGUCGUUUGGCGCCAGACAAGGCGGACUUUGUAUUCAAUCGCCAUCAGGAUAACACUACAGAAAUGGAUCUCUUGGAUCUCAGUUCUUCUUCAAACCCCUUUAACGACUCUUUCUUCCAAAGCUUGAAUGAGUCCAUCUCCCCCUAUCCGCUACUUUUUGGUGACCUCCUCUUCACCGACUCUGCCUGGUCCGGCAACGCCAUUGACUCCCUAGCCUGGCCAAGCGAUGAGACACAUGUGCGGCGGCUGGUAAAUUUCUAUUUUGCUCACUCCCAUACCCUCUAUCCCAUCCUGGACCGCUCCGAGGUCAUGGACACUCUUGAAAAGAUCCAUCAAAAUCCUCAGAACUGGGCCACACAAACUCCCCUCCGCGCCUUCAGAAUUUGGAUGGUCCUAGCCAUCGGCUCUACCGCUUACUCUUCUGUCACACUGACCGAUGAAUCGGAAUCAAUGUUGUUUUACAACAAGGCUCUGCAGUAUUCCGAGCAAGCCUUAGGGGGUGACGAGAUGGUAGGAAAACUUGCCGACAGCUUCAUCGCUGACAAGAGCCCAUCUGACACAUGGUUCCUGGUUGGCACAGCUGCUCGUCUGGCGUUGGGUAUGGGGCUCCAUGCGGCCUCGUCAUAUCGCAAAUUUCCUCUUCAUGUGCAACAAAGACGCAAACGAAUUUUCUUUUCAAUAUACAUGAUGGAUCGCCUUGUUUCCAUUACUUUAGGCCGACCGUUCGCACUUCACGACGAUGACAUAGAUGUAACACCCUUCGAGAAUGUCGACGAAGAGUUUAUACAUGCGGAAUCCAUAAGCCCGCAGAACCCCCUUCAGCCAUCACUGAUGGCCGUUCCGCUGCACAUUCUGUCGCUACGGAGAAUUGCGGGCAAAAUUUCGCGACAAGUCUACGGAAAUGUUAAGAACGCAAAUUUGACUUCGCCAGAACGUGAGGCUAUAAUAGCUUCCUUACACCAAGAACUUCUCGACUGGCGUCGGAGCAUGCCCUUCCCGCUCCCAGACGUCAACGAAAGCGUGCCACAUCUCAACACUACCUGGUAUGACUUCAACUACUAUACCCACCUGGCCAUGAUCUACAGACCAUCACCGCUAUUUCCCGUUUCAGAUUUGAAGCGGAUAAAAAUGCUGGAGAUGGCAGCGUCCAUGUCGCUCCGCCAAGCGUUCAGUAUGCAUCAGCAACAACGAUUUGCAUAUAACUGGUUGAAUUUUCUCGCUCUCUUCACGGCAACUUUGUCACUAAUCUAUGCAAUAACGGCUCAACCUGAUGACCUUAGCACCGUCUUGAGAAACACGCGAGCUAUCGCUGAUCUCGACCUCGCAACACAGCUUUUCGAGACACUAGGACUCAAGUUUUUGGCAGCGAAGGAGAUUCAGGGCAUGAUCGCCAAGAUAUCCCGGCGAUAUAAAGAGGUUCGCGCCUUGAAUGAUACAGAGCCCAAUAUGGGCUAUUGA